AUGGGUUGCGCAGCGAGUGCCUGUUAUUCCACCGAGCCUUCUACGUAUAAGAUUACGAGGACAGUCACGACUACGAAUGCGGAUGAUGAAGAGGUCACAGUGACGGAGACUGCAACAACCGUUUCAACGCCGUCACAGCCAACAGUAUACCCGACCGGUGCGAUUGAUCAGGGCGACCAACAGGUUGUCUUCAAGUUUUACCCUACGUCCCUGCCCAAAGUCGAGCCCGAGGUGACUAAGGAUGAUGAUAACGGCGGCAGUGGUCUUUCAACAGGAGCCAUCGUCGGCAUCGUCGUUGGUGUCGUCGGCCUCCUGAUCAUCGUGGUGGCCGCAACAUUCAUCAUCCUGCGUCAUUUGAACAAGGUCGUCAAGACAGUGGUUGAGUCCCAGCCGGGAACUUCGACCGGAUCCAGAGCAGCCAAACCAAAGCCUUUUGUUUCCCAGUGCCGGGUCGCUGAUAAGCCUACGCCAUCCGAGAUGACCAGUCCACGACCUUCAACCCGCAGACUCGACUCAGACUCCAGCGGCGCCAUCGGACUCGGCGUCGGUGUCGGCAGCCCUGGCUACGCAUCACCCCCUCUGGAUACUCCAAGCCCAAAUGCGCCAGCCGGCUACCAGGCGGUGCCGACGACUUCCGCGGACCGUCACGCUAGCUACGAUUCCACCUUUCAGGGUGGCGUCGGUUACUUUGACAUGCCCUCGGAGCAAGAACGUCGACGACCAUCUCAGCAGUCGGGCAUCUGGCCGUGGCCGUCGGGCGCGCAACCGCAACGCCAGAGCACCGACUCGCAGACCACGCAACAAGCGUACGCGCAGGGUCACGGACGUCAGUGGAGCAACGCCAGCGAACAGAGCAAUCCCAGCGAUAUGGUUUCGCCCAUUCAUCAGCAUUUCGGGGCGCAAGAGCUGGAUAGUGCCAACGCCAUGGUGCCAGAGCUGCACGCGCAGUCCGCUCCAUCGACUUACCCCCCGGAGUCACCGGUAGACCCACGGCGCAGCAUGGUCAGCGCAAUGAGCUCGACCGUCGCAUCGCCGCGGCAGCCAGCACCUCAUUCCCGAAGGCGGAGCGGUGAGGGGAGAACACACAGCGACAGCGUCACGGCCGCUCAAGCGCCAUUGAGUGUCGUCACGGAGGACACGGAGUUGAUCGGGCACUACGGGCCGCCGGAUUCUGUCGUGGGACAGACGGCCGCCGGGCAUGAGGAAUGGGUCCAAGAGAUGGCGGGUUCCCAGGGCUGGGAUCAACCACAGCAACACAAGUAG